AUGGCAAACGAUGUAGAUGUAAAAUCUAUCAUGUCAAUAUCUUCGAAGUCUGAAGGAAGCACAGCGCCCCUAACAAGAACAAAAUUAAGAAAUGCACCCCUUCACGAAAGAUGUUCUAUUUCUGACAUGGUUAAAAUCAAAGAGGCUUUUCAAGAGGCUUAUAGAAACAAAAUGUUGCCCAAUGAAUUUAGAAACUUACUACGAACAUUACUUAACGUGGAGUACGAUGAUGACGAAUUUAAAAUAUUGUUUUUGAAAAUAAAUACGUCACGGGAAGGCGAAAUAGAUUGGGACGAGCUUGUAUCCCAUCUACUUUUGGGCUAUUUCUUGAAUGACCCGGAAAAUCAACGCGCGUCGUUGCAGCUACCUAUUAUGGGACUACCCACAAUAAUGCGGUCCCAACAUAGACAUCCCAUAUCACGAAUUUGCUUUUGCCCAGAUGUCGCUAAGGAUCGCAGUACGGAUAAUUUGACAGGAAAUUAUAUAACGGCCAGUCGUGAUGGUAUGAUUAAUUGGUGGUCACUCGACAUGACGCUCUUACGGACAGCUUUCUCUUCAAGUCCUCACCUGAAAGUACGCACGACGUGGGUGACUGAUAUGGUCUGCAUGCCUGAUGUUAAUAUAAUUGUGACCAGCUCCACAGAACGAGACUUACGCUUCUACGACUGCACCGCUAAGACCUUUACUUUGAAGAUCGUUAUCACCAGCUGGGAAUACAUGAUAUGCACCAUGUAUUACCACUUCGACAAAGACCCGAAUGAGAAGUGCACUUUGAUCUGCGGAGAUGUGGGCGGAAACGUGCGAGUCUUGCAGUUCUCGCCAAUAAAACGAGGGCCUUUCCGAAACCAAGCUGGUCGAGCACUUAUACAGUUGAGGCAUAUCGAUCUUCAGAGACGUCCACAACUGCUGGCGGAGAUGAGAUUGACGGAGUUGAAACGCGUCCAUACAGAAUGGGUCAGGCAGGUGUCGUACUACGCAUCUCUGCACUGCAUAGUCUCAUGUGCCACUUGCCCAGAUUCCCUACUGAUGUGCGAUUUGGCGGGAUCUAAGACGCACAACAUGUUCCGCUUAGAUAAGGGCAUCCAUUGUUUUGUGUUCGAUGAAGAAGCCCAUGUUCUGGUGACGGGUGGUCCGGAUUGCGUGGUGCGCGUCUGGAACCCAUUCGUCCCGAGCAAGGCUAGUGCAGCUCUUCAUGGUCACCAUGCGGGUAUCGUGGCCGUGUUGUUACAGAACCGCGGAACCGUCGUCUAUUCCAUCUCACGUGACCGCGUGAUAAAAGUUUGGGAUGUGCAAGGACAGGCUUGCGUCCAGAAUAUCUUCUUCCAGACGUACAUCGACAUUCCGGCACAAGUUGGCGAGCGUACGCCGAUUUCAUGCGUCUACAAUAAAGCGACGCGUGAGUUGAUCCUGGGAGCAAUUAAGAUAGCGAUCCUUGUUCUCGACGAGCAGAUCAACCCCCAUCAUACAGACGGCUUCACACACUCGCGAGCCAUAGCCAAGAUACUCUACAAUCCACUCUUCAAAGUCAUUAUUACUGCGGGCAUGGAUAGCAUCAUUAUCAAUUGGGAUCCAGUUACAGGCAAACGCAAUGUGUUGAUCCGCGAUGCUCACACGAGACUGUUGCAUGGUGAAUUGAUUCCAGUGGAGAUCACCGCAGCCUGCUUUGACCCCGGGAACCAGUUAUUGCUUACUGGGGCAAGGAAUGGGACACUCAAGGUAUGGAACUUCAACACAGGCGUUUGCCUCAAGGAGAUGACAAUUGAACACAUGUGUGAAGUCACCAACUGCUUCUGGGUGGAGGGAAGGAUACUAGCCGUUGGUUGGAACAGACACGUAACAGAGUUUGAGGAAGGUGGAACAACGCGCACUGGAAAAUCAUGGGAGACCAGACACUCUGAUGACGUGUUAGCUGCUGCAGCAAGGCACCCCGUGACACUUGCUACCUCUUCGUAUAAUUCGGAACUCAUCUUCUGGAAGUUGGAGACUGGACAGCCUUACAGACGGUUCUCUUGCACUGAGCCUAUGUUGCGCAUCAAAAUGCAGUACAGCAAGCGAGCAGCUUCUCCACACACUUCAACAGGACCAGCCUCGCAUCGUGGGUCGUCUAUGCUGCGUCGUCCCAGUGCUGGUGGUGCCCGAGAGUCUGUGAUCGACGCGGCAUCUGCGAUGGAGAAAGCGCGAGCUCGUCGCGUCUCAACUGUGAGUCUCCCUGCGCGUGCUCAACUCAUGCGACAGCUUGCCGUACACGCCAUGAUCUUCUUGCAAACACGCCCUGUACACAUGCGUGUUGCAUCUCUGAUGGUAUCCCUGGAGAAUGGACAGGUGCAGUGCUGGUCGGACCACCCGGCUGGUGGUAUCCAGGGUUCUUUCCAGGGCAUUCAUACAGCUGGCGACUAUGUCUCCGCGUUCGCCACGGACGUUGAAAAUAACUAUCUCUUCACAGGGACCACUGUGGGAUAUAUUAAAGUUUGGCUUAUGACGAACUAUCUAACACAUGAGAAGGUACACAUAAGUAUGCCAAAGCUUCGUUUGAAAUUUCCAUUUCUGUGGCGGGAUCGUAUCGAAGGUCGAGCCAAGCGCUGUGUACGUGAUCAGCCCCUGCCUCUCUUACUGAACAGCUACAGGGCUCAUUUACGUUGCGUCACAAGUCUUGCCUAUGUCGAUCAUCUUGAGUUGCUUUUCAGCGGGUCGUCGGACUACAGCGUCCGUGCAUGGCGUGUGUCAGGGGAGUAUGUUGGGACCCUGGGUAGUUUUGUGCCGUGGUCGUUGGAUACAACUCGUUUCCCACCAGAUGUCUACAAAGUGGCUAGUUUUACUACAUUUAAGGUUUGGCGAGGCGGAUGGGUGUCGCGUUAUGUGCCCGGCCAAGUGGAAAUUGACAAGUUGCGCGAUAUCACUGAGCUAGAGCUGCGUACGCGCACGUUUGGCGCACCUCCUCCGCCUCCUCUGCUGGGCCACUAUUUUACGUUGCCCGCACGGCCGGAGAGGCAACCUCCCAUACAACUGGACGACUCUCUGCAGACGAUCCCCCCUGUAUUCCCAUCUACGCAUGGCGUCUACUCAGCCGGUAAAACGCCCCCCAACUCCAGAACUGGUGCGCGCCACGCGCCUUAA